CUAAUCUGUGCACUACGAUAAAAAAGUGAAAAAAUGAGAACUAAAUGAAAUGAUUCGCUUUCUGUCUUCGUGAAAAACCGAUAAUUCGGUUAUAUUAAUAAUACGGUUCAAUAAAAAAAAAACAGUAAUUUUGUACAAUAUUUAAUAUUAAUUUUCAUAUAAAAAUGCAUUCUUGUCGACAAUUAUUAUACAGUUCAGCACGCUGGAAAUCUGCUUUACCUAUAAACUUAAAAACUUCAGUUAUUCCGCUCAAACCAGAUCAGUGUACAGUCCUUGAAUGUCGUAACUACUCAGCACGAAAGGGUUUUUUUUCCACCAUAAUAGAAAACAUCAAGGAAGAUUUUGCCAAAAAUAAGGAAAUGAAAGAUAACAUUAAAAAAUUUAGAGAAGAGGCCCAAAAACUCGAAAACUCCGAAGCUCUGCAGGCCGCAAGGAAAAAGUUCCAUGCUGUCGAGUCAGAGGCUUCUAAGAGUUCUGAAGUUUUAAAAGAAACACUAGAAGGAAUCAAGGGUAAAAUGGGACAUGUGCUAGAAGAAGCUAGUAAAACAGACAUUGUUAGAAAGGCUGGAAGAAUAACAGAAGAUAUAUCAAAAACAGCAAAAGAUGCAGCCGAAAGUUUAGCUGAUAAAAGUCAGAAACUCGGUAAAACUUCAGCUUUUAAGACAAUAACACAGGCUACUGAAGUAGUCAAAAACGAAAUGGCACCGAAGGGUCUAGAAGGUCGAGUCUACACAUCACCAACUACACUAAGAAAGAGAGUUGAGGUGGCGGCGGACGAGCGCACGGUGGCGCCGGACACGGAGACGCUUGGGGUUGAACUGCAUCGGGACUCCAAGUUCUACCAGCAGUGGGAGGACUUUAAGAACAACAACCAGUACGUCAAUAAGGUUCUCGAUUGGAAAAUAAAAUACGAGGAAUCAGAAAAUCCAGUUUUUAAAGCGUCAAGAUUUGUUACGGACAAGGUUAGCAACCUAUUUGGAAACCUGUUCGAGAAGACGGAGCUCUCGAAUACGCUCACCGAAAUAUGCAAGGUCGAUCCGAGUUUCACGGCACAGAAGUUCCUCGAGGACUGUGCUAAUGACAUCAUACCGAACAUUCUCGAAGCCAUGGUCAGAGGAGACCUGGUGAUACUGAAAGAUUGGUGCUACGAAGGAGUAUACAAUAUCCUGGCGACCCCCAUGAACCAGUGCAAGCAGCUAGGAUACAGGCUCGAUUCGAAGAUAUUGGAUAUUGAAAACAUCGAAUUGGUGAUGGGGAAGAUGAUGGACCAAGGUCCGGUAUUGGUGAUAACAUUCCAGUCGCAGCAGAUUAUGUGUGUACGGGACGGUAAAAAUAACGUAAUAGAAGGAGAUCCAAAUAAAGUGAUGAGGGUUAAUUAUGUGUGGGUGCUCUGCAGAGAUCCCCAAGAGUUGAACCCCAAGGCCGCUUGGAGAUUACUCGAACUAUCAGCAAACAGUGUAGAACAAUUGAUAUAGAAGUUGUUAACGUGUAGAUGGAUUAAAUCGUUUUAUUGUUACUUGUUUUUAGUCUGACCCGAUUUCCUGCUGAGCGGUAAUCGUAACGUUAGUACAAAAAUACAUAAGGCAAUAAAUUAUACAUAAAACUUACAGUAUGUUAAAAAUUUUGAUAUUCUGAAUAAAUGUGAAUAUUUAUUAAUUAAACUAUGUUGCCUUAAAGUUACUUAUUUAUGUGACCUGGUUGUUUCACAGCCAGAUCAGUUGUAUGGAUUGCGCACACUCACAAAAUGCGCACUUCUAAGUGUGUAUUUUUAUAAAAAUAUAUACUGUAACAAAUUAUAUAAUGUACAAGUUAACUUUUAUAAUUUAUUUGUUCUUUUUAAGAUCUGAAAUAUAACUGAAAAGUCCUACAAUAUUUAACAACUGAAUAAGUAAUUGUUUGCUUUAUGUUAAACAUACACAAAUGAGUUGAUCCAGUUAGAUUCUUGUCCAGUUCAAGUCACAGUAAUAUACAAAUGUGAAUGACUUUUGUUUGAUACUUUUUAAUUUUUUUGUUGUAAUAAAUCGUUAUAUUUA